AUGCCGCGCGACCGCCACGACCCUCCACCGGCUGACACCCGUGGCGGCAACCGCGACAACGACAACGACCAUCGUGGGCGUCGUGAACGCCACAGGGACAGGUGGUACUCGCGGCUCACCCGAAGCCUAUCGCGGGCGCCAACGGACCGCGAGCGGGAACACUCGGCGUCCAGGCACGGUGGCCGCCGACACCAAAGUCUGGAACGUGGGGGUCGCCGACAACCACUGCACAGCGACGUGGGGGACGGCCGCGGGGAUCGCCAGACGACCACAGGCGGUGACGCGGCCCGCAAGGGUGCACGGCAACCGACCCAAGGCGACGCUGCAGAUGCUGGCACGGGGGCUCGGCUGCACCUCGUCAUCCACCCGGCUGAUGCCCUCCGCAGAGCCAGGGGACAAAGCAGGGAAAGGGCAACCCGCCGUAGGCCGCACAGGCGCGCGUGCUCGGAGCCGAGGAACACGACGUCGCGCUCAAAAUCACCGUUGCCGCGCCUGCGCUGCAAGUCACCAGACUUCAACGGAGGCAACGGCAGCAACCACCACCCGUCGCCAAGCCCUCCCAAGGUUCCCCCCACCGAUGACCGCGACGUCGUGACACAGCAGCGUGCACGCCUCGCGGCUGACCGACGCUUCCGCAUGGGCCAGGUCUACGCCAGGAGGCCAGGCCCUCUCCGCACGCCCCGCGCCCACACAAAGCAGGCCAGAAACGCCCAGGUGGUGCGUUUCCGCCCUGGCGCGGUCUACUCCAGGCGCCGUGUCCGCGGGUUGUCCAGCAAUAGCCCCAGCCGCACACACAUGGCAAAUGAACUUCAACAACUGCGCCCGGAACAGAACGCCAACGCCGAGGAGGGAAUUUCACAAUCCCUGCCUCCACCCAUCUUGCAAGUCCAGCCGCGUCAGCACAGCACACCAAAUCGACGCAAGAAGCCCCUGCUAUCGACGCGAAGAAGCGUCCGCAUAGCCGCCAUGAAUUGGCAAAGGGGUGACACCCAAGCGAGGGCAAGGCUGGUGCUGAUGAAAAGAUUGGGCAUCCUCGACAGGGGAGGACCCAGCCAUGACGACGCGUUGCUGUGCUACUUCGACUUGUACAAGGGACCACCUAAUGACGACGCCGUGAAGGCAAUGACGGCUCUGUGUGGCCUCGACGCCGACGAUGCGCUGCCGCAUGCCUAG